UGCUCCUAAACUCUCUCUCUCUCUCUCUCUCUCUCAAGAAGAAGAAGAAGAAGAAAUGAGGCACGCACUCCUUCCUUGUCCUAUCUCUCUCUCUCCCUACCAAUUCCACCAUGGCCAAACUGCUCGAGACCUUUCCUUGCGUUCCCUCCACCGAACGAGGCCGUGGCAUUCUCAUCGCCGGCGACCCCAAAUCCGACUCCAUUCUCUACUGCAACGGCCGCUCCGUCUUCAUUCGGAGCCUCCGUCAACCUCAAGACGUCCAGGUUUACGGAGAGCACGGCUAUGCUGUUACCGUCGCUCGCUACUCUCCCAACGGCGAGUGGAUUGCUUCUGCUGAUGUCUCCGGCACGGUUCGCGUUUGGGGAACGCACAACGGUUUCGUUCUCAAGAAUGAAUUCAGAGUCCUCGCUGGUCGAAUCGAUGAUCUCCAGUGGUCCUUGGAUGGGCUUCGCAUUGUCGCUUCCGGCGAUGGAAAGGGCAAAUCGCUUGUUCGAGCCUUUGCAUGGGACUCUGGGAAUACAAUGGGAGAUUUUGACGGCCAUUCUCGUAGAGUUCUGAGUUGUGCCUUCAAGCCAACGCGGCCUUUCCGAAUCGCCACAUGCGGCGAAGACUUCUUGGUUAACUUUUACGACGGUCCACCUUUUAAGUUUCACUCUUCUCACAGGGAGCAUUCCAACUUCGUCAACUGCAUCAGAUAUUCACCUGACGGUACUAAAUUCAUUACCGUAAGCUCCGACAAAAAGGGUAUGAUUUACGAUGGCAAGACUGGAGAUAAAAUUGGAGAAUUGGACUCCGCAGAUGGCCACAAAGGCAGUAUCUACGCUGUUAGCUGGAGCCCCGACAGCAAGCGGGUGCUCACUGUCUCUGCUGAUAAGUCUGCCAAGGUAUGGGAGGUAUCUGAAGACGGAACUGUUGGCUCAGUGAUUAAGACAUUGACGUUUAUGGAAUCUGGUGGAGCAGAAGACAUGCUUGUGGGAUGUCUUUGGCAGAACGAUCAUCUCAUUACAGUGUCUCUUGGCGGUACCAUGUCCUUGUACUCUGCUGAUGAUAUGGAUAAACCUCCCUUGCUGUUAUCUGGACAUAUAAAGAACGUCACUUCUUUGGCUGUUCUUGGGACAAACCAGAAGACGAUUCUGUCUUGUAGCUAUGAUGGUCUCAUUGUUAAAUGGUUACAAGGGGUUGGGUACAGUUGCAAGCUACAAAUGAAUGACAAUAUGAAAAUCAAGCGAUUAGCAGCUACUGAAUCUAGCAUUCUCUUAUCCGGGUUUGAUAACAAGGUGUGGAGAAUCCCUUUAACUGACGAUAAAUUUGGAGCUGCAGAACAUGUCGAUAUAGGCCAUCAGCCUUUGGACAUAAGCAUAGCCGUUGAUUCGCCUGGAUUCACAGCACUAGUCUCGUUUGAUUCUGGAAUUGCAUUGCUCAAUGGUAUGAGCAUUUUAAACAAGAUCGAUCUGGGUUUUGUAGUGGCAGCCUCUGUGAUCUCACCUGAUGGGAGGGAAGCGAUAGUAGGAGGGCAAGAUGGAAAGUUACACAUUUACUCAGUCUCAGGGGACAACAGCUUCAAAGAAGAGGCUGUGCUAGAGAAACACAGAGGUGCUUUGACGGUGAUACGUUACUCUCCUGACUUAACAAUGUUUGCUUCUGGUGACGCCAACCGCGAAGCUGUAGUCUGGGAUCGCGAGACCAAACAGGUGAAGCUAAACAACAUGUUGUUCCAUACGGCUCGUAUAAACUGCUUGGCAUGGUCACCAAACAACAAGAUGGUCGCCACUGGGUCCAUAGACACUUGCGUCAUUGUAUACGAAGUGGACAAGCCAGCUUCGAGUCGCAUGACUGUAAGAAACGCUCAUCUUGGCGGAGUGAACGCAGUAGCUUUCGUUGAUGAAUGCACAGUAGCAAGUUCCGGGGAAGAUGCUUCGGUUCGUUUAUGGCACAUCGAGUCUCAAUGACCCAAAGCAGACUUGCUGUUAUAAGCUUUUUUAACUAUCCUUGAAAAUUGUGUAGUCUCUAAUCUUUAUCUCUAUAUUUGAGUAUUUGACAGUGGUUUGUUUGUAUUUUAAGCUUUAAGUAUCUUAUCAUGAAAUGCACUUGUGUCUAAA